AUGUAUAACCGUGUGCAGACUCUGAACGUCCGGUAUCACCAGGCCCAACUACCAUCCAAGCUUUCUUUACCGCCCGGUGUGGUGCUUGGUUCGGACAGAAAGCCCUGCAAAAUAUGUACUGCGUUUCGCUUCCAAUUCCCCAAGCCAGAAAAUGCAACCCUGCCCCCACACUGUCCGCCGGAUGUCGAAGCCCUUGGACGUGCCACGUGGUCAUUUUUGCAUGCGACCGCAGCAUACUACCCGACGCGGUGGUUUUGUGAGCGACAUAACGAGGUGAACGGAAAGUUGGGCAAACAAAUGUUUGAUUGUGCAAAGGUUGAUGAGAGAUGGAAGGAUGGUCCACCUGACGGCAGCCGCGACUAG